CACACACCGCUCCUGUCUGUCUGCGCGCUUGUGUGUGUGUGUGUCUACCGCUGGUGCCCUUGCGCUCUCUCACCGGCAUCCCUUCACCUUCCUCCGCCGCCUCCUCGCGCCAUGGCUCGGGAGAACGGAGAUAUCGGUAGAGGGGAGACGUGGAAGAAACAAGUCGACGACAUAAAGAAGAUAUUUGAUUUUAAAGAAGUCCUGGGCACAGGGGCCUUCUCUGAGGUUGUGCUGGCGCAGGAGAAGCUGACCGGGCGGAUGUUUGCAGUGAAGUGCAUCCCCAAAAAAGCACUGAAAGGAAAAGAGAGCAGCAUAGAAAACGAGAUCGCCGUUCUGAGGAAAAUUAAGCAUGAAAACAUUGUGGCACUGGAGGACAUCUAUGAGAGCCCUGACCACCUCUAUCUCAUCAUGCAGCUUGUAUCUGGAGGUGAGCUCUUCGACCGAAUUGUGGAGAAAGGGUUUUACACAGAGAAAGAUGCCAGUACUCUGAUCAGACAAGUACUGGACGCAGUCAACUACCUGCACAGAAUGGGAAUUGUACACAGAGACCUCAAGCCAGAGAACCUGCUGUAUUUCAACCCUCAGGAUGAGUCUAAGAUCAUGAUCAGUGACUUUGGUCUGUCCAAGAUGGAGGGCAGUGGAGACGUCAUGUCCACCGCCUGUGGGACCCCCGGGUAUGUGGCUCCAGAGGUGCUGGCUCAGAAGCCCUACAGUAAAGCUGUGGACUGCUGGUCCAUUGGAGUCAUCGCAUACAUACUGUUGUGUGGUUACCCUCCAUUCUACGAUGAAAACGACUCUAAACUGUUUGAGCAGAUUUUGAAAGCGGAUUAUGAGUUUGAUGCUCCAUACUGGGAUGACAUUUCAGACUCAGCCAAAGACUUCAUCGGCAGACUUAUGGAGAAGGACCCAUCCAAACGCUACACGUGUGAACAGGCCCUCAGACAUCCCUGGAUUGCUGGAGACACUGCCCUCUGUAAGAACAUCCACGAGUCAGUGAGCCGACAGAUGAGAAAGAACUUUGCCAAGAGCAAGUGGAGGCAAGCCUUCAAUGCCACAGCUGUAGUGAGACAUAUGAGAAAACUACAGUUGGGCAGCAGUAUGAACAGCAGCACAGCCUCCUCCAACUCUGCAAACAAACAGAACCAGGUCCCCAAACCAGUCCAAAACCAGGUCCAGAUCCCAGGAACAACCGAACCAAGCCAGUCCAGUACCACCGCAGUCACCGUGACAACAGCAGCAGCCACUGGGAGUAAGGUCUCUGUCACAGAAAACAACAUUACUACUCCACGCAAAGAAUGUGUUCCUGCCCCAGCCACACCCUGCAGUCUGGCCUCCACAGCGGCCUCCUCCUCUGCAGGGACAGAGCUGAGCCGCCCCCUCCCCUCCUCAGUCCCUGCCCCCGUCCUCCAGGAAACCAAGUGACGCCAAGUCCCGCGGGGAACCAGCUGGGAGGCCACUGCGCUGUAGACCUGCACACAUCCACACAUGAACUGAGGAAAAGAGGAGAUCAUGGAAAAUGGCUUCUCUGGAUUCUGAGCCUCCAACUUGUUCCCUGCCCUGCUCCUCAAUGGGCAGAGGACUGGACUUUUCCCUAAAAACAGACACUCAGCUGUAAGGAGUGAAGAGUGUCAGAAAAGGUGCAGUCCAGUUUGGUGUGAUUGUUUACAUGGUUUACAUUGUUCACAGGUAGUGUGGUGUAGAAGUGAUGCAAAUUAAUUUGUAUAUUGCUAUAGAGUACUUUUUAGGAAACAUGAUGGAAUAUACUAGUAAACUAAAGUUGGCACUAAAUGCUACUUUUUCUUAAUGGUCAACAAAAAAUAUUGUUUAUGUACACUGAAAAUCACAAAAGUAAUCAACCCUUAUUAUGACUGACCCAAUAUAUGUAGUUUAUUGUGGGUGGUACACAUAACUAAAAUAUUUGUAUUUCCAGUGAGAGUAUUAGAACUUUGCUAGUACUUUUACACAUACUUUGAAUGAACUUUUAAUUCUGGUACCAGAUUAUAAACCAUUGUUUCCACCCUUAGAUCAGAUUUUUGUUUCUAAAUUUAAAAUGUGAGAUUAUUCAUACCCAGUUUGCUUCUUUACGUUGCGUUUUGUACACAGUUACCUGAUUCAUGGACAGGUUUUGCAACAACCUUUAGUAGACAAUGGGUAAGGAAUAUAUUAUUUCAGAAUAUCCAUAAUUAUUUGAUGCUCUAACUAACAACCUGAGUACAAUUGCUUUCAGAAACCAUUCAAACCAAACUGCACUGUACCACUUGAGUUACACCCAGCUCUCCUCCGCCGCAGCGCCCCCUUCAGUUGCAGAGUCGCUGUCACCCUGUGGAGGCCCUGGGACCUGCCUCUGUCUUUAUGAUAAAUGACUAUGAGCCGCCCUGAGGUGAAGGACUAACUGCCGGCUCGAGACUGGGCUAAUGCUUCGAUAUUAUUCAACGUCAACUUCCCUCUUCAAUCUUCAGUCCUUCCUGCAACUCUUUAUUUUUAUUAAAAUACUUAAGACUGUUUUUAACUGGGUUCAUUUUUAAUGUCAGCUUGAAGGUGUUAUGUGUUUGAUCUAUUGGUACAUUGAAACUGCCUUCUCAGUGCAAAUUUUGUAGCUUCUUUAAAAUUUUUGAUCCAUUUGGUCUCCCAUUUAAUCUAUACAAAUCUUCCUCUCAGCAUUUUUAGUGUAGAUGUGCCAUUUUAUGGGUUACACAUAACACCUGUUUUUCUUAUUUAUGAGUAUUGGCUUAUUUUGUCUGUUUGUGCUUUAAAAAGUGCUUUAAAAGUACCACAUGACUGUUGAUGUGUUGCUAUGUUGGAAAUGUUGUAUUUACAUGGAGUUCAGCUGCAUUCAGGGUGAGAAUGUAAUAAUAUAUAAUAGUAGGUUUCAGCAUUGUCCUAAUUGGACUGGAAAAUAUAUCAUCAAGGAAUUUUUGACAGUUUUUAACCUUUAUAAAAUAUUUGACUGCACAAAACAGUAUAAUUACACUUUUACUUUUCCUCUCAAGAUACUUUUCUAAAACACAUUGUUAAAUAAAUUAAUACAUGUAAAGUAUUUUCUGAAUGCCAGAUCAUACAGGUGAAUAUAGAGGAGACCUAAUCCGCUCACGCAAACUCAAAUCUUGGUGUUUUUAUGUGAGAGAUAACAUCUCUACUUUAAGUUCCUCAUCCAGACCAGAUUUGUCAUUUUCAAAACGUACAUUACUUCGAACUAGUAGCUGAAGAUACCUGCUUUUUACAAUAAUGAUUUCUGGCAAUGCUUCUUGAAUGUCACAUCCCCAUAACUCUGUCUGUGUGGGCCUUCCUGGACUGUUGCUGGACUCCAUGUGAAUACAGAAUUUUUGUUUUAUCUAAUUUGCACAGAGGCUCAGACAACCUGUAUACACUUAUCAGAUACUCGUUUAAGAUUGUAAAAAUGAUUUAGUGGAUGUCAAAAGUGUAUUGUACAGCUUAUAAAUGAAACUCUAUGAUUGCGUAAAAUAUUUUAAACUAUUACUAUAUUACAUGCAAAGUUAAAACCUAUGUAACUUUUCUAGAUGGGAGACUCACCACUUGCUUUUCUCCAUGAAGAUGCUUAUGCUCUGUGUUGUAAAGUAUGGCAUUAAACUUCUAUAUCUAUAUUGCAUUUAUUUAAUUACAGGUGUUUUUAUUGCUCAAAAAUACAUUAUAUAUUUACAACAGGCAUUUUUACUGUGAGUGUUGCCAUCUCUCUACACAUCUAACCUGUAAUUCAACCUGUUGACAUCACCUGCUUGUUACCAUGGAGAGAAGAUUAAUGCCAUACUGUGAAUCUAGCAAAAUAAUUACAUCUCCAUGGAGACUGCAUUUCCUCCACCAGAAAAGUUGCAUAGUGCAUCUUUAAGGACAUAACGGGGAACAAGUAUGCAUAUUUACUUUAACUGCCUACUACUGAGAAUGUUGACUUCCCAUAGCAGUGCAAUGCAAUCCCACUUGGCUCCAGACACAAAAACAUUGUAGAUUUGUAGUUAUAGAUUACUGGAGUCAAAUGUAAGCCAUGAUUUCUCUCUUUUCGCACUUACUCCGCUGCGCGCCGUUCAGAAGUGCUCAGGGAAACUACAGCCCCACUGUGUGCUGGCUAAUACUGGCUUUCUGUUACAGGUACAUUGUAUUGUUGUAAUCUUUUGUUGUCGGUAUUGCCAAAUGUACAGGCUUCACAGUCUUCUGUCCAGGGCUAAAACUGCAAAGAAACUGGUUGAUUUUUCCCUGAUAUUCAAAGCACCUUUCAAAGCAUUUUUCAUCUCAACUAUGGUUUUGGAUGCACAAGCUAUACUAUUAUUUCUGUAUUUCACCGAUAAGCACCAAAAUAAGUAUAAGAGUAUACUUUUUGCUCCAUGUAGACCUUUGAAAUCAUUUCUGCAUUUGAUCUACCCUUUAAUAAUCCCACUGGAGCAGUCAGGAACAAUCAGUCCUGGUCAGAGGUAUCACAAUGACAGAAAAAAAGACCAGAUUAAGAUCAACCUGUACCAUCCAAUCCAGCCCAAAUAUGCAUUAAGUGGGUUCCUUUGUUUAUUUUUUACUUAGUUUGUUUCAGCGUUUUUCAAGCUUUUGACUCAAGACAAUAGAUAAGGUUAAUAAUCAACUUUCUUGAAAAUUUUAAAAGCCAUUCUGCUGUCAUGUGCACAGUCAGUAUGUUACUUUAAAACUACAACAUCGUGAGUUUAAAAUUAUGAUUCUAGGUGAAUAUUUAAGCUUUAUUUCAGUUUGGUUGGUGAAGGCCUUGGUGCUCAUUUACAUAUCAGAUUGUUAUGUCUGUAUUGAUGCAAAUCUGCGGAUCCCUUUAUUGUGAAGUCUGGCCAAAGACUAAAUACAAGUCUUUUGGCAUGUUUUGUAAAUUAGAAAAAAAUGCUCUUAGAGAAAUAGUGAAUCGUACUAAGGGCUGGAAAGUCACUCCCAUGUAUUUCAUUUUGUGCAAAAAUUGAAGAAUGAAUUUGAACAGUUCUCAUGAUGAGUAGCCACUAUGUAUGUCUUUAUUGAUCUAAAAAUGCUGGAAAUACUGUCUUUAUUGUCUGUUUUUAAGCUUAUGUCCACACUGAUAUACAUUUGUUAACACAGUAUAUGCUCCUCACCUUUUGUGUUUGUUCAUGAAUUGGGAAAUGCAAAAAAAUCUAUGGUAAACCAAAUCUAUUACAGGUCAGAUAACCAUUCUGAUUUGUUAAUUAUGACCAAUUAAUUUUAGAACUUAAGACAAAUUUAAUCUUAUUAUUUGUUUGUGUACUUUGCAUAUUAAUAAAAUAAAUUACAUUAUUUUUAAACUAAACAAAAGUGGAUUGGUGUGGACAUAUUUUGAAGUUGCUGCUGAAUGUGCUGUUUUUGUCUAACAUCAAGUGAAUAUUUUGUGCACUGAAAUUCCCUAGAUUUAACUUCUGGUGUCUUUAAAUGCCUGCUGCAAAAAGUUAAGCACUUCUGGCCAAUAUUUAUUCAUUUGAAAUCUCACAUUACGUUUAGGAUGUCCGUGUUUUGGUUUCAUCUAGUACUUAAAAAUAGGAAAUGGAAAUGUUUGUAAUAUUGUUUGAGAUUAGAGUUUGCAUUUCAUGUGGUUCUUAGCCCGUAAAGAGUUUCAGACUUAACUACAAUAUGGCUUUGAAUUAUUUUAGAAAAUUGUUUGAGAAGCAGACAGGAGCAAUGGUAUAGACUGUCUGGGGUAUUUGGGUAGAAAGGCAUUUAAAACACAUCUCCACAUAGCAUUGAAUAAACCUACUGAUGAAUUUAUUAUAUUUGGACCUUAUUUCCUAUCAGAGUUAAAAAAAAAAAAAAAAAAAAACUGCCUUUAAUUAACAAUAUGUAACAACCCUUUGAACAGUGUGAACAUGUGCAUGGUCUAGUUUCAUAUACUGAGUAUGGUAAAAAGUAAUGCUAUAUGAAAGCCUUUGUACCUGUCUGUUUCUCAUAUUAUUGAAUAUUUAGACCCAAUGUUAUCUAGAAGAGCCACAUUAAGAAAAAGUACAUCUGUUGCGACUCUAACUUCAAUUAGUGAGUCUAAAUUAUUUGGAACCAUGUAAGGGCUUUAUGUAUCUCAACCAUAAAUAUUUCAUUUACCACUUAUUUCUAUGCAUUUAUGCAUUUGAGCUCCUCUGUAUUUAGCUCUUUCACACCAAGACUGGAAUGACCCAUUCAUAAUUAAUUUUAGACUCAUUCUUGUGAUAUUAGGUAAAAGUGAUUGCAAUUUUGUUGUAACUGGUGUCACUAAAUCUUUGAGCCAUUGGACGUUUACUGUGAGGCAGACGCUUUGUUUCUGUUUACUAAUGUGGUGAAUUCAUUUGAUUGACGUUUUGAAACUGUAAAUACGAUGUGUAUAUAAAUAAUCCUUUUUCAUAUAUUUUUGAAUGUCUUGAUUAAGGCAUGUUUGACUGAUUGAGGUGAGAGGAGCUGAUUGUAUACUUGUACUUCAUGUGUAUGUAAAAACAAAACUGAAAUCUUCGUUCCCUCAAGUCAAUUCAGCCAGCAGUUUUUCCCAAGCCUUUUGUGCAGUGCAAUGCUAUAAUGUAUUAACCCAGACCAAGACCAGUCAUUUUUACUUUCACUGACAUAUUAUUAACUGGAAAUCAACACUGUAAUUUAACAUUUAUCAAUCAGCCAAUCAAAUAAUAAUAAUUAUUUGUUUUAUUUAUUAUUUUAUUUAUUUGUCCUUGCAGAAAGAAAUAAUAAUUACAAGUUACUCAAAGAAAUCUAAGGAAUUUCUUCUGAACACUCUUCAGAGUAGCCAGUUUUGUCAUAAUUUUGUAACAAAUGUUCUUGACUUUGAAUCUUGCCAUCCUAAUUCUCUCAUUUUAACAUUUAGCAGAGCCUUUUACUACAAACAUUCAUUCAUUGGUCCUGCAAAUGUCAGGAGGCUACCCCUUUGAUUCUAGCUUUAUACAAUGUUGUUAAUGUAAAGCAUUUUCUUACUAACUUGCCAGGGUAUAAUAAAGGUUUAAACAAAUACCUUCUGUAUAAAGUUUACAUGACAUUAUGAGUUAUUUUUAGUAUUUAUUAGUAAUUCUCUCAAUACAUGGUCUUGGUCUUUUGUUUUUCUUUUGCGUCUUUUAACAUAGUAAGUAAAUGUUUAGCCAGGCAUCAGCUCGGUCCAGCUCCCACAUCAAACUCAGGCUUAAGUUUUUUGCCAUUAUCCAAAGCUGUGACAGAAAACUCACUGUAAUUGGACCAUGAGCACCACUUAAAUACUAAAACAGAAGUGCACUGAGAUAGAGCAUGUCAAAGCUUCACAAGUGUUGCAUUGCCCUGUGUGUAAGCCCUUUGUGAUGUUAAUAUCUGUGUUAUGUAAAGGACACGGAGGAAGCCAUAGGUCCGAACAAGGCUAGAGCAGUUUCAAGUUUCAGUAUAUAAUUAUUAAAUUGAUUUACCACUCAUUAGCAAAUUCAGUUCUUUUCUAAUGGGAACUCAUCUGCUUGUUUCCAUGAAGCUGUUAUUGAUGUGCCUGGGAGGUUCCACAGUACGGCAUUAAAUCGAUCAUACAUUUAUUCAAUUACAAACGUUUUUUAUUGCUGAAAUGCCUUGAAAAACGUGCAUUAUUUUGUGUGUGACCUUGCCUUUUGACAGAUAUGACCUGGAACUUGGCCUGUUAGCGUCACUUGUCUCCAUAGAGAUAGACAACUUUAAUGCCAUACUUUGAAACAUUAAGGCAAAGCAAUAACAUCCAGAGACAAGCAGGUGAUAGAAAUGAAAAAGACAUUUUAUUACAGGCCAAAACAUUUACCUAGUGAAUUCAAAUAAUUAUUUUGUCUUGUUUUGUUGGUAGAUAUACAUCUUAUUAUUACUUAACUUCCUCUUGGCAUUUAGUCUGACCUGCUCUUCCUCCCUGAUCUUGUCUAAUGUCCCAGGCCAAAUGGCUUAAAUCUGUCUAUGUCCCUCCCCCUCUGCAUGUUGACCCCUCCCUGCCCUGUGCUCUAUUCACUGUCUCAUGUGGUCCAUUCUAACUGUCCUGUAACAGGAGAGCGCUGUCUUCUCUGUAUACUCUUGUGCUGUGAUGAUGACUUUUGUUCUUAUGGGGCUUUCAAAUGUAUAGAUGCCUUUGACAAUCACUGCACAUAUCAGAGCGUCCAUCAGAGCCCAGACCGAAGCUGUUCAUUUGUUUUUCUCUCUGGAAUAAAAGAUGAUUGAUCACAA